CCACGCCAGAGUUUGGCCAUCGAACAACCACGAGAGCUCUACCACCACCAUAGAGACUCGAUCCCGACGCAACAGGUAUUUCGAACACGGCGGCUUACCACGCUCCGGUCCUUAACGCUUGUGGUUGGGGACAUUUACCGGCUGCAACAAGUCUGUUCCGGUCGAAAACAAUGAGUAACGAAGACAAGGGCGCCGGAGAGGAUUACGAGGCCGCAAACAACCACCGUCGCAUCAAGCGAAUCCAAAUGGGCCUGGCGGAAGAACUUCAUCGUCGACCCGCGGCAUCGAGUCAAUUGCUUCCCGGAGAAGGCGAGAUUACCACCGGACACCCCGGCUUCAUGGAUCUUUCUCGUGAGCUUCGUGACAUGGUAUAUCAUCUCCUGUGGAAGGCAACACCCGGGAUCGUGGUUCCCCACAAGAUGGCGGACCUGAGCGUCAGCUACGAAGACUAUCCGUGGUUCGAGAAGAGGGCCACCCUCCCAAUGUGGCUGCUUACCAACACCUCCAUCCUGAAAGAAGGAGUCCAACAACUUCUCUUCAGGGCGACAUGGUCCUGGAGCUAUACCAGGGCGAAAUACCCGAGUUUACGUUCGCCUUUACUCAUUCCCAUCCAGGCAAAGGAAAUAACAAUGAGGGUUGAAGCAGAGGCCCUGAUCCUGCUAGGGCCAAAGGAUAGAUUGUCCGGGACAAUCAGCCUGGAACCGAAGCACUCGUAUGACUUUGCAGACUUGGAGGAGAUUUUCCGCAAGAGCAUCGAGCUCAAGACAUUGCGACUCGACAUCAUGAUUUGGACCAAGGCGUUCAGACAGAUCUGGCCAAAAAACGUCGACUUCUCGCUCCUGGAUCCUUUCGACCGAUUGUUCGAUAAAUGGAUAGUCACGGUGUAUUGUCCUAAGCUGCAGGGAGAUAGAAAGAUUGCAUGGCACCAUACUCUCCAAUCGAACCUCAAGAUGGAGAUCGCACGUAUUGGGCGACUUAUGGUCGGGGAUCAUGUAGAGGAGAGGGUCGUGGUGGUUGAUGACGACUGGUACGAACAUGAGGAAUCCAUCGGACGGGUGCGCGAAGAGACGAGGGCUACCUUGGGUAGGCUCGGAAUCAAUGGCUCGCCGGAGAAGAUGUGGAGGUUUGAGUUCACCAAGCAGGAACCUGAGCGAGACAUCUGCCAGUCUUUGAGCUGA